AUGAGCACUUCAAAUAACAACAACACACAUUCUGGCAUCCUGGCCGAGGACUUUGACUGGAUCGUCGUCCCUGACCCCCCUCAAGUCAUGCCCCUCAACGACAACGGCAGCAUCAGCGACGGCGUGGGCGGCGCCAGCGCCAGCGCCAGCAGUAUCAGCGUCCACAUCCUCAAGAACGUGCCGCACCCCGAGCCGGGGACCCUCAGCGACGCCAUAGAGGGUGGCAAGCUCAGGGACUCAAUCGACCUGGCCAUGUGCCCGCGGCUCCCCAAGGGCAAGUCCGGCGACCCAGAGACCAGACAGUCCAGGCUGGCUGCCCAGUACACGGGGCCGCUGCUGGACCUACCGGAGCUCAACAACGCCGGCGCCGGCGCCGGCACGGGGGGGUACGACAUCCUCCUGGCGCCGUGCCCAGAGGGGUCAACGUCAACGCCUCUCCAGGCCGCGGGGGAGGGCCCGGCCAGGCAUCCCGCCCACGGCCUCGCGCCCUCCGCCCACGAGCAGCGGCAGUGGCAGGUCACGUACGACUUCAAGCUGUACGACCCGGACGAGUUUGACAAGACGGACUGGCGCGAGAAGCUGGAGCCCACCGCGGGUGGCGGCAGCUCUAGUAACAGGUCCAGACGGGCUCACACCUCGCCCUUCCCCGGCCCCCAGCCGGACGGGUCCCGCCCCACGUCUAGGCGGAGCAGCCUUUUCCACGGUACCGGCUCGUUUACGGUAUCGGUGCCGCGCCCGGAGUGGCUGUUCCCCCACGAAAGGGAGGAGGGCAGGGCCGCCGGCGGCGGCGGCGGCAAGCGGGGGGCUCUGGCGCGCACGUUCAGCAUGUCCUCGCUCAAGGACGCCCUCAAGGACAUGGUAGGCCCCGUGCACGACAAGGCCGAGCGCAAGGGCAGGCCGAGAAACAGCCUCAAGCCCCGGCGCAACCGCAACAGGGCCUCGGGUGUCCCCGGGCCGCAGACGGGCGGCGUCUUCGAGGUGCACCAGCAGCAGCAGGGCGGGGACAAGGUCUUCGCGUUCGGGGCGGACAAGGACAAUGUGGUCGUCUCGGUCGAGCCCGUCGAGCCCACCUCUUCUUCGGACGGCGAUGAGGUCGAGGACUCGGACUCGGACUCGCACAGCGAUGGGCCUUGGAAUGACCGCCAUUAUGUGCGGGGCCCUUUUGUCCACCUUAACUCGCGCCCCUAUGAGUGGAACGGCGACGUGCUCCGCCGGCGCCCGUCGGCUGGGACUUCUUGA